AUGAUAUCAACCAGUGAUUCGAUAACUAAUCAAGAUAAUAUUAAUAAUCAUUCUAUAAAUAUACAAAAUAAACAAUCAGAUAUUGAUCAAAGUAGAAAUCGUGAUCCUAAAUAUGAAACAAUUAAUCAAUUAGCUAAAGAUACAUUAAAUAUUGAUUUGCCAGAAUCACAAAAUUCAACAAAUCGUGCACUUUUUGUUUUUUCAAAAAACAAUCUAAUACGUAAAGCAGCACGAAGCAUAAUUGAAUGGGGAUAUCCUUUUUUCAUUGAUUAUUAUAAUAAGGAAGUUAGCAUUAGUAAUAAUUAUGCUUUGUUUUUCUUCUAUGAAAGUUAA